AAGAGGAAAUGGACGAAACUGCAGUCAGGGACUCCCGUCAUAAAGGUUCUAUUCUGCCUUACUCGAAUGUUACCGACAUGUCUGCACAUUCGUUACUGUGUGAGAGAAUUUUUCUGGCUAAGGAGUUAAUUAAAAGAGCAGAAGCUCUUUGCAGAUCCCAAAAAGAUGGCAUAGAAGGUGGACCAAAACUCUGCAGUAAAUUAAAGGCAGAACUAAAAUUCUUGCAGAAGGUAGAAACUGGUAGAGUAUGCAUCAAAAAGUCUCAUCUGCAGAGUACAAAUCUCACUCAUCUGCAAGCUGUCAUUGAAUCAGCGGAGAACUUGGAGGAUAUUGUUGGUGUUCUCCAUGUUUUUACUUAUAAAGACUCAUUUGGUGAAAAACAAAAUUUGGUGGUAGAUAUAGUUGCAAAUAAUGGACACACUUGGGUGAAAGCAGUUGGUCGGAAAGCUGAAGCUCUGCAUAACAUUUGGUUGGGUAGGGGCCAGUAUAGUGACAAGAGCAUUACUGAACAAGCAGAAGAUUUCCUACAAGCAAGUUGUCAACAACCAGUACAAUAUUGCAGCCCGCACAUUAUUUUUGCUUUCUACAAUGGUUUGCCCAGCCCGAUAGCAGAAAGGCUAAAAGAGAUGGGUAUAUCUGUGCGAGGGGAUAUUGUUGCUGUGAACCCAUCAAUGAAGUGUCUUAAAGAAGAUCACUGCUUAGGUUCUAGUGAAUCUGACGAUGGAGAUGAAUGCUUUCAAGUGACUAAAGUAGAUCGGGAUACCUUAAUAGCCAGUGUUGCAUUUCCUACACUGUUGAAAGUAAAUACAUGCAAUAGGGUUAAUUUAGACAUUACUUCUCUGAUUACAUAUAUUUCAGCCCUAAACUAUGGAGGCUGUUACUUUAUAUUCAAAGAGAAAGUCUUAACUGAACAGGCCUUACAAGAGCGAUGUGAGAGUGUUCUCCCACAACUGGAGGAAUUCAUGAAGGGCAAAGAAUUGUUUGCUUGUGAAUCUGCAAUCAAGGAUUUUCAGAUUAUUUUAGAAACUAUAGGAGGUCCUGGAGAAAAAUAUAGAGCCACAUUACUUAUGGAUAGAAUCCAUGUGAUCCCAGAUCAACCCUCUGAACGUGCCUUAAGAUUAGUGCCUAGCUCUAAAAUCAAUAGCCGUUCUCUGAUCAUCUUUGGGACAGGAGAUACUUUAAAGGCCAUCACUAUGACGGCAAACAGUGGCUUUGUUCGGGCAGCAGCAAAUCAGGGAGAAAAGUUUAGUGUGUUUAUUCAUCAACCAAGGGCAUUGACAGAAAUCAAAGAAGCUUCUGCCAUACCUUUAACAAAGCACUAAACUGGUUCCAAAUACUUUAUUUAUACUAUUUCUACCUGAAGAAAUUUUAGAAAUAAAAUAGCCAAAUGCAUAUAAAUAUUGA